AUGAUUUAUCUACAGAAAUGUUGCUGCUUUGUGGAUCUACGCCUGGGCACAAUGAUAGUGGGCUUGCUCCAUGCCAUUGCUGAUUUGUCGGGCGGUGUCUUCAUCAUGAUAUUCGCGGGCACAGGCACACCCGAUCUAUGCCACAAGCUGACCCUUUUCCUGUUCCUAAUUCAUUUGGUUAGUUGCGCGGGUUUGGUCUACGGCGCCAUUAAGCUAAACACCAAGUACAUGAUUCUCUACAUAUUGAUGACCAUAGCUAUGCUCCUAUAUCUGAUCCCACUGUUUGUGGCCGAUGCAAUACUCGCCAUUUGGUUCUUUGUGUUGCUCACUUAUUUUUUAUUAUUCUUUAUCUCUUUGUACUGCUGGCUGGUGGCCUACUCCUUCUAUGCGGCCCUGGGCGGCACGCUGUUCCUAUAAAGCUGCUCUAAUCAAUCGAGUACUUGUGUCUUUUCAUCAUCAAAUUUUUAAUGUAUUCGUCUUUGUUUAAGUGUCAAAAUUCUUAUAAUUAUAGAAGCCUUUUGCCAAGUC